AUGGCCAGAAGAAAGUUUGAUAAGAAAACGGCCAAAACAUUUUCUGUGGUUCACAGAGCUCAUGAUGACGCCAAGUUCUUUGACGACGAAGCCUCGUCCCAUGUGCUUGUGGAGGUACCACUGAAGAAAAAACCCUAUUUACCAGAUGGACCCUUAAAGACCAUGGCAUACACUGCUGAGGACGUUUCCAAGCAACUUGGAGAUGCUGAUAUACGAGAAAACGAAGGGGAGGCUGCUAAAUAUGGGAUUUACUACGAUGACUCCAAAUAUGAUUAUAUGCAACAUUUGAAGCCCAUUGGAAACUCCGAUGGGGUCUUCAUAGCUGCUAAAGAUGACAAGGAGAAGAAGAAUAAUAAGAAGGAACUUGACAUUGAAAAGUUAUUUGGAGAUCAAUUGCCCUCCAAGGAGAAGCGUAAAGUAUCUCAGAAUCCAUAUGAAAACAUACCGAAGGAGUUGCAAGGUUUGAACCCUGACAUGGAUCCAAGAUUGAGAGAAGUCUUGGAGGCUCUUGAAGAUGAAGAGUAUUUAGAAGAAGCUGAGGCAGUUGAUGAUGAUGAUCUUUUCAACAACUUGUUGCAAUCUGGUGAAGUUGAGGAUGAAGAUGACUUUUAUUAUGGUUCUGAUGCCGAUCAAUACUAUGAUGACGAGUACGAUGAAUGGGACAUGGAUAAUUACCAGGAAGAAUACGAUGAAAAGUACGAUUCAGACAAAUAUGAAGAGGCAGAGAACCCUUAUAAUGAAGGCGAGGCACCCGAAGAUAUUGUAACCAAUGCUAAGGUCAACACUAAUUGGGAGAAGAGUUUCAAUAUAUUCCAUCAGAAGACUAAGAACCAGGACAACGAAUGGGAUUCUGAUAAUGAGUUUGACGACGAUAGUGAAGGUCAAGAAGAACAAGAAGAAGGCGACGAUGUAUUGGGUAGUCUACCUUCUAUUGCCCAUAAGCGAGUCAGUAAGACCAAGUUAAGAAAGAAGAAGGGAGCAAUGACAGAUACCUCUGCGUUCUCUAUGUCUUCCUCAGCCACAUACCGUACAGAGGGAUUAGCACUUCUAGACGAUCGCUAUGAGCAAUUGGUAAGAAGAAUGAAUAAAGAUGACAUUAUAGAAGAGAACAAAGAAUACCAACCAUUUGAUAUGCAGAAUGAAAGAUCGGACUUUGAAGGUUUAGUCGAUGACUUCCUUGACAACUACGAGUUGGAGCGUGGAGGAAGAAAGUUGGUCAAGAAGAAUGAAGAGUUAAAGAGAAUGCAAGAGUCUGCAGAUUCUGUUUCAAAGAGUAAGACUGCUGCUGCCAGAAGAAAGAAAAAAGAAGCUGCUGCCAAUGCCAAUGAUCCAAUGAAGAGCCUCGGCAAGUCUCUCGGAUCUCUUAAGUUCUAA